GUGGUCCCCAAGUCCCUUGCUUUCUGUCCCGAGACCCUACUGGUUGUUUCGAGGGAGGAGCCUUCUGUCAUAGGCGGACCCUCCAUCCCGAAAUUUUUAUCUCCCGCACCUGGGGCCGUUAGCUCCCAGGACCAUGAAGAGGCCUCGUUUUUAAAUCACUGUAAGCUGUUUGGGCCUCCAGAGUUCCGACGGUUAGCCCGUAACCUCCACUUUUUCUCAUUAGCUCUUGUUUCAGCAGGGAUCAGUCCUGAGUCGUCAUCUCAGCUAGCUAGGGUAAAAGCAUGUGGAGUUCUUAGCUCUGUUUUCUGCCUGCCCCGCAUGUCGUUUUUAGCAAUGAUGUUGUGUUUCCAUGUGUUACGGAAAAAUCAAUACUUACAAGAAUUGCAGUUAUCUGAAAUCUUUUGCGCCGCCGUGUAUUUUUGCUUACUGUGCAAAUUGGUUUGAUAACGCAAAUUGGAGAUUGCCUAUUCCUGCUGCAAAUCAGCAGGCUACUAUUACAGCUGAUUUCGAAAGAUAAACGAUUAUACACUGUUUUGUUCUGCUCAGCUUGCUUGCUUGUAGUUCUUCCUGGAAUAUUCAUUCAACAAAUGUUUACUAAGCAUCCAGUCUGUAUCUGACAUUGUGAUAGGAUUUGACACAUCACCUCUCAAGUAGCUUGCGGAGAGACAGGCGUUUAUAAACCACACAAGCUAACCUAUUGCUAUAUAAUUGAUAAGUGCCACAAAGAAAAACCCAGGAAGGAAGUUGAAGAGGGUAAUCUAGUUUUCCUCUACUGGGAAGAAGGAGGGGUCAUGGAUAAUACCUGAAAAAGUGAUAGUUAAUCUGAGAUCAGGAUGAUAAAUAGGAGUUACUCUGUAAAGAAUGGCAGAAGUAGUAUUCCAAAAGCAAAGAUGAGAAGGCAAGGAGCAGGGAAACUGGAUGAAUGGGGCAGACAGGGUGGAAAUGGUGAGAGUGCUGACACAUUGUGGGGAUUGUAACCAUUGUCAUGGAACAAUUUGUGUAUGAAUUGUUGAAUGGGAAUCUAAUUUACUGUGUAAAGUCACCUAAAUCACAAUAUAAUAUUUAAAAAGAAUAGCAUUCCAAACAGAGGUAACAAGCUCCAUGUGCAAAGAUACUGAGUCAAGAAAGACUCUCCAGGGACACUAAAGAAACUUACAGAAUGUAGACAUUGUCUAUGGAGGAAAGGAGAUGAGACUUAAGAAGUAGGCAGGUACCAAAACACCACCAAGUCCACUGCCCUCUAGUGGAUUCCCACUAAUGGCAAGCCCAUAUGUUCCAGAGUAGAACUGCUCCAUUGGGUUUUCAUGGCCGUAAUCUUUAUGGAACCAGAUUGCCAGGCCUUUAUCCCACGGUGGUGCUGGGUGGGUUUGAAUGCCAACCCUGAGGUUAGUUAGUAAACCAGAAACCAAACCAUGGCCAUCAGAGUUGAUUUCAACUCAUACUGACCAUAUAGGACAGGGUAUAACUGCCCUAUAGCGUUUCCAAGGCUGUAAAUUUUUACAGAAGCAGAUUGCCACAUCUUUCUCUUCAGAGUAGCUGGUGGGUUCAAACCACCAAUCUUUUGGUUAGCAGCUGAGCACUUAACCACUGCGCCACCAGGGCUCCUUUCAGGUUGGUAACCAAACCAAACCGGUUGCUGUCAAGUUGAUUGCAACUCAUAGCGACCCUAUAGGACAGAGUAGAACUGCCCCAUAGAGUUUCCAAGUAGCGCCUGGUGGAUUCAAACUACUGACCUUUUGAUUAGCAGCCACACUUAACCACUGCACCACCAGGGUUUCCUUUCAGGUUGGUAACCAAACCCAUUGCCAUCAAGUCAAUUCCAACUCAUAGCGACCCUGUAGGAGAGGGUAGAACUGCCCCACAGAGUUUCCAAGGAGUGCCUGGUGGAUUUGAACUACUGACCUUUUUGUUAGGAGCCAUAGCACUUAACUACUAUGCCACCAGGGUUUCCUUCAGGUUAGUAGAGGAGCUCAAAUAUAGGGACCAAACCUUCUCUUAGAAGGUGGAUAACAAUUUUGCCCUGUAUCUUAUUGUAGUGUUUUAACUGUAGCAUUAUCAUGCCUGUAAUUAUAAACACACAGAAUUUCUCCUUGACUUCUGUUGCAUUUUUACCCUGCAAAUCAGCCUUUUUGUGCCUCUCCCUUUGUCUUCCCAACAUUCCUCUGAAUUCUUUGAACUCUGAUAAUCAUUUGUUGUAUUGCUUGUCGUCUCUUUCCCCCAGCCCCAAAACUGUGGCUCUUACUCAAAGUAUCUGUCCUUGACAGUAUGGUUCCCCCUAUACAGCUCUUCCCCGAGCUUUGGUGGUGCAAUGGUUAAGAGCUUGGCUGCUAACCAAAGUUAGUACUGCUAACCCAGCAGCACUGUAGAAGAAAGUCUGGCAAUCUGUGCUUCUGUAAAGAUUACAGCCAAGAAAACCCUACGGUUUGCUUCACGGGAGAAAGAUGUGGCAGCUCACUUCCGUAAAGAUUUACAGACUUGGAAACCCUAUGGGACAGUUCUACUCUGUCCUAUAGACUCGCUGAAUCAGAAUCGGUUCUGUGGCACUGGGGUUUUAUACAGCUCUUCUAGGAGAGCUCACCCGUUUCCAUUACUUCCACUGUCUUCUGUAGAUGACUCCUCAAUCAGCCUGUCUGAUGUUGGUACUACUGCAGACCUCUCUCUUCCAAGCUCAAUUCAGCCAUUUCUGUAUUUACCUGGACCUUUUGACUCUAUUUUUGCAAGCAUCCCUGAUGGCGCAAUGGUCCAAAAAUGUAUAGUUUUAGUUCUGCAAAUGAUUCUGGUGGUCCUGCAAGUCUGGAUAAAUCUAUUUUGAAAGUGGUAAUUAAUAACAAACUAGAGAAAAGAAUUAUUGGAGUCAUCAAUGAGCACAAAAAGCAAAAUAAUGACAAGGGAGUGAUUUCUGGAAGACUUACUGCCAAAAAAUUACAGGAUUUAUACAUGGCUUUACAGGCAUUUUCAUUUAAGACAAAGGACAUUGAAGAUGCUAUGACUAACACUCUCUUACAUGGAGGUGAUCUUCAUUCUGCCUUGGAUUGGCUCUGUUUAAACCUUUCGGAUGAUGCACUUCCUGAAGGAUUCAGUCAGGAAUUUGAAGAGCAACAACCUAAAAGUCGGCCAAAAUUCCAGUCUCAUCAAACACAAGCCAUUGUUUCACCUCCCGUGCAACCUAAAACCAGAAAACAGGGAGAAGAUUCCAAGAUUAAGCCAAAAAAGGAAGAAAAAAAUAUGGAAGCUAAUAUGAAAGAAUGGAUUUUGAGGUAUGCUGAACAACAAAAUGAAGAAGAAAAGAGUGAGAAUUCUAAAAGUUUAGAAGAGGAGGAAAAAUUUGACCCUAAUGAAAGGUACUUGCACCUUUCAGCAAAACUGUUGGAUGCAAAGGAACAAGCAGCUACCUUUAAACUGGAAAAAAACAAGCAAGGUCAAAAAGAGGCUCAAGAAAAAAUAAGGAAAUUUCAAAGAGAAAUGGAAACCUUAGAAGACCAUCCAGUAUUCAAUCCAGCCAUAAAGAUUUCACAUCAACAGAAUGAAAAGAAAAAACCUCCUUUGGCUACAGAAGGGGGAAGUGCUUUAAACUUUAAUUUAUUUGAAAAAUCUGCAGCUGCUACUGAAGAAGAGAAAGAUAAAAAGAAAGAACCUCAUGAUGUAAGAAAUUUUGACUAUACUGCUCGAAGCUGGACUGGAAAAUCUCCCAAACAAUUUCUGAUUGAUUGGGUCAGGAAGAAUCUUCCCAAGAGUCCAAACCCUUCCUUUGAAAAAGUUCCAGUAGGUAGAUACUGGAAAUGUAGGGUGAGGGUAGUCAAGUCUGAAGAUGAUGUCCUGGUAGCAUGUCCUACAAUUUUAACAGAGGAUGGCAUGCAAGCUCAGCACCUGGGAGCUACUUUAGCCCUUUAUCAUUUAGUGAAAGGGCAGUCAGUUCAUCAGUUACUGCCUCCCACUUACCGAGACGUUUGGCUAGAGUGGAGUGAUGCAGAAAAGAAAAAGGAAGAAUUAAAUAAAAUAGAAAGCAAUAAACCACGUGAUCUUUUUAUUGCCAAACUUCUGAAUAAAUUGAAAUUUCAGCAGCAGCAACAGCAACAACAGCAUUCUAAUAAUAAACGAGAAAAUUCUGAAGAUCCUGAAGAAUCUUGGGAAAAUUUAGUUUCUGAUGAGGAUUUUUCUGCACUGUCCAUGGAAUCAGCAAAUGCAGAAGAUUUGGAACCUGUCAGAAACCUCUUUAGAAAGUUACAAGGCACAUCUAAGUAUCAGAGACUUCUAAAGGAAAGACAACAGUUACCUGUCUUCAAGCACCGCAAUUUGAUUGUUGAAACUCUCAAGAGACACCGGGUAGUGGUUGUGGCAGGUGAAACAGGGAGUGGUAAAAGUACUCAGGUGCCACAUUUUCUAUUGGAAGAUUUGCUUCUUAAUGAACGGGGAACAAGUAAAUGUAACAUUGUCUGUACCCAGCCCCGAAGAAUCUCAGCAGUGAGUUUAGCGACAAGAGUAUGUGAAGAAUUGGGCUGUGAAAGUGGUCCUGGAGGAAGGAAUUCCUUAUGUGGUUACCAGAUCCGAAUGGAAUCUCGAGCUAGUGAAUCUACCAGGCUACUGUAUUGUACAACAGGGGUUUUGCUAAGAAAACUUCAGGAAGAUGGUCUUCUAACUAAUGUGUCUCAUGUUAUUGUAGAUGAGGUUCAUGAAAGAAGUGUUCAGUCAGACUUCCUACUGAUUAUCUUGAAGGAGAUUUUACAAAAACGUUCAGAUCUACACUUGAUUCUAAUGAGUGCCACUGUGGACAGUGAAAAGUUUUCUACAUAUUUCACACACUGCCCUAUCCUGAGAAUUUCAGGAAGAAGUUAUCCUGUUGAGGUUUUUCAUCUUGAAGAUAUAAUAGAGGAAACAGGCUUUAUAUUGGAGAAAGACUCAGAAUAUUGCCAGAAAUUUCUGGAGGAGGAGGAAGAAAUAACCAUUAAUGUUACAAGCAAAGCAGGCGGAAUAAAAAAGUAUCAGGAGUACAUCCCAGUUCAGACCGGAGCAAGUGCUGAUUUAAAUCCCUUUUACCAGAAGUUCAGCAGCCGUACUCAGCAUGCUAUUCUCUACAUGAACCCUCAUAAAAUCAAUCUGGAUCUCAUUUUGGAACUUCUGGUAUAUUUAGACAGAAGUCCCCAAUUCAGAAAUAUUGAAGGAGCAGUACUGAUCUUUUUACCAGGACUUGCUCAUAUUCAGCAGUUGUAUGAUCUCCUGUCAACUGACAGAAGAUUUUAUCCUGAACGAUAUAAAGUGAUAGCUCUGCAUUCUAUUCUUUCCACUCAAGAUCAAGCUGCAGCAUUCACAUUUCCUCCUCCAGGAGUCAGGAAGAUUGUUUUAGCAACAAAUAUUGCAGAGACGGGUAUCACCAUUCCAGAUGUUGUAUUCGUAAUUGAUACUGGAAGAACAAAAGAAAAUAAGUUUCAUGAAAGCAGUCAGAUGAGUUCUUUGGUUGAGACAUUUGUCAGUAAAGCUAGCGCUCUGCAGCGCCAGGGGAGAGCAGGACGGGUCAGAGAUGGCUUCUGCUUCCGAAUGUACACAAGAGAAAGAUUUGAAGGCUUUAUGGAGUAUUCUGUCCCUGAAAUCUUGCGUGUACCUUUGGAGGAAUUAUGUCUUCAUAUUAUGAAAUGCAGUCUUGGUUCUCCUGAAGAUUUCCUCUCCAAAGCCUUAGAUCCUCCUCAGCUUCAAGUGAUCAGCAAUGCGAUGAAUUUACUCAGAAAAAUUGGAGCUUGUGAACUAAAUGAACCUAAGCUGACUCCAUUAGGCCAACACCUUGCAGCUUUGCCUGUGAAUGUCAAGAUUGGGAAGAUGCUUAUUUUUGGUGCCAUAUUUGGCUGCCUUGAACCAGUGGCAACGCUAGCUGCAGUCAUGACAGAGAAGUCUCCUUUUACCACACCAAUUGGUCGAAAAGAUGAAGCAGAUCUUGCCAAAUCAGCUUUGGCUAUGGCAGACUCAGACCACCUGACGAUCUACAAUGCCUACCUGGGAUGGAAGAAAGCCCGACAAGAAGGAGGCUAUCGUUCUGAAAUGGCAUAUUGCCGGAGGAACUUUCUUAAUAGAACAUCACUGUUAACCCUAGAGGAUGUAAAACAGGAGUUAAUAAAGUUGGUCAGGGCAGCAGGAUUUUCAUCAUCCACAACUUCUAACAGCUGGGAAGGAAACAGAGCUUCACAGACUCUCUCCUUUCAAGAAGUCGCCCUUCUUAAAGCUGUUCUGGCCGCUGGACUGUACGAUAAUGUGGGGAAGAUACUCUACACAAAAUCGGUAGAUGUUACAGAAAAAUUGGCUUGCAUGGUGGAGACAGCUCAGGGCAAAGCACAAGUGCACCCUUCCUCUGUGAAUCGAGAGUUGCAAACUUACGGCUGGCUCUUACACCAGGAGAAGGUAAGGUAUGCCAGAGUGUAUUUGCGGGAAACUACCCUAAUCACCCCUUUUCCAGUUUUACUUUUUGGUGGUGACAUAGAAGUUCAGCACCGGGAGCGUCUUCUUUCUGUUGAUGGCUGGAUCUAUUUUCAGGCCCCUGUAAAGAUAGCCGUUAUUUUCAAGCAACUGAGAGUUCUUAUUGAUUCUGUUUUAAGAAAAAAGCUUGAAAAUCCUAAGAUGUCCCUUGAAAAUGACAAGAUUCUGCAGAUCAUUACAGAAUUGAUAAAAACAGAGAAUAAUAAUUGACAUUGAAACUCAAGGUCAGCUGUUUUAAAAUUCAACAUGAAGAUACAGUCAUGAAAUUAUAUGGACCAUCCCAUUAAGUAUCUCAGUACUUACAGUGUUGGUACUAGCCACAACUUAAACGUGGCAGAAAAAAGCACAUACUUUAAACAUGGGUAAUUUUCUAGCUCCUUUUUAAUGAUGAUGAUUCUCAAUGUAUUUGCCACUACAUUUACAAUAAAUUCUUUGGUAAUCA